AUGGGCCUUGCCAUAGCCAACUGUUUGAUCAAGUCUGGUGCCAACCUCGCAGCUUGGAACCGUUCCGUUUCAGGGGCAGAUUCAUUGCUCAGACGUGGCGUUACUAUGGCCGCAUCGCCAGCAGCCUGCAUUGCUGCCAGUCCAACUAUAAUUACAUGCCUUAUCUCCCAAGAAAUUACCAAGAGUGUUCUGGAAGACGUCGCAAAACUUGCCGGGAAGACCAUCAUCAACUUGGCCAACUUCACCAACUGCACGCCUGAGCAAUCUCGCCUGAUGGCCAACCUUGUUCAACAUCGCGGACCAAAAUCCUAUAUUCACGGCGCUGUUAUGGUCCUUCCCGUCCUUUGGGCCAGCCGUCAUCAGUCAUACUCAUAUUUGGACCUCUGA